GGAAACACUAUCCAUAAUGGCGAUUGUUUGGCUUUAACGACGCUACUAUAAGUGUAGUGAGUGGAGACAACUCCUAUUUUAAUUUAGAGCUAUAUUAAAAUUGACUUAUAAGAUUUUAAAGUUAAAUAAUUGUUUGUAAAUUGUACACAAUGACUGCAGUUCAAGGCGGUCCCGGCAAUAAACAGUGGCCAAGGCCCGGCAUACAGCAUCAAAAUAGUCAAAAUAAUCCGAGCUUGACUUUGAAUAGAUCAAUUAAUUUAUAUCCACUAACAAAUUAUACAUUUGGUACAAAAGAGCCGCUGUUUGAAAAAGACGCGUCGGUGCCUGCAAGAUUUCAACGGAUGCGAGAGGAAUUCGCGAAAAUUGGCAUGAGAAGGUCAGUGGAAGGUGUUCUCCUGGUGCAUGAGCACGGUCUACCACAUGUACUGCUGUUGCAGCUUGGAACUGCGUUCUUCAAAUUGCCCGGUGGAGAGCUGAACCCUGGAGAGGAUGAAAUCGAAGGUCUGAAGAGGUUAUUAACAGAGACCCUGGGCCGACAGGACGGUGUCAAGCAGGAGUGGCUCAUAGAAGACACCAUAGGCAAUUGGUGGCGCCCGAACUUCGAACCGCCCCAGUACCCGUACAUCCCACCGCACAUAACCAAACCAAAGGAGCACAAGAGACUGUUCCUAGUCCAACUCCAGGAUAGAGCACUGUUCGCCGUGCCCAAGAACUACAAGCUGGUGGCGGCGCCACUGUUCGAACUGUACGACAACGCGCAGGGCUAUGGACCCAUCAUAUCGUCUCUCUCGCAAAGUUUAUGCCGUUUCAACUUUGUCUAUAUGUGAGGUUUCGAAUGAUCCGGGACGUAGGGACCAGUGUUGCCUAAUAAUCAAGCUGUAAAUACCAAUUGACGUGUCGAUAUUAUCGCUUGGAAUUAUAUUCAAAAGAUCGCUGCUCGGAGUCUAGUGUUAACCGUUCAGGGGUUCUACCAUGAAAUAUCGAAGUUUCGAACUCAAUAUUGUCUUUUUGUUCACACCGAAAUCUACUUAGUAAACGAAGCUUUACAUGGUCGUCGUAAACCAUAAAAAUCCAUAGGAACGAUAUUUUAGCAUUUUUAAUAUAUUUAAAUGUAUUAAAAAUGCUAAAAUUAUAUAUAUAUAUAUAUAUAUAUAUAUAUAUAUAUAUAUAUAUAUAUAUAUAUAUAUAUAUAUCAUGUAAUUUUAUCAUCUAAUUUGGGAUUCACUCGGACCUGAAAUUUCGGAAUACAUGUCAUGGUAGACCUUCAGCACUCAAUUUGCCAAUUCAGAAUGAAAAGGCAGGCCAGUUAGCCCAUCGUGAUGAAUACACCAGGAAUUCAGCACGAUGGUUUCCAAUGGGGAUUACUUGGAGGUCGAUUUAACAGGGUUUUUUUUGCUAGCAACGGGACUGGUAGCUUGCAUUACUAACAAUCCCUUCUCGAUGAAAUUGAUUCACCCAAUUCGAACUGUCGAUAGCCAACGAUGAGUAGGCAACACUGAUAGGAAUGAUCCGAUAGCGUCAGCAUGAAUAUUGGGGCCGAUUCUAAGAAGUCAUUAAAUCUAUGUCUAAUAAUAAAAGUCCCAAUUUUGAUAUUACAGCGAAUUACAAAUAUUUAUUGUAAGGAACAAUAUGAACUAAUUUUUUAAUAGAUUUAAGACAAAAUUAUCGUAUUUUUAGUUUAUUAUAGUACAUAGAAUAGUUGUCUUUGACAUACCAAGCAUUUACAGUCCACUGCUGAACGUAGGUCUCCCACAUAAUCGGGUGUUUUGCUUGUACAUUGAACGCUCUAUAUAAGCAUCUCAUUUGAUCCUAUUUCAAUAGAAAGAUUUCUUAUUGGGAAAAGUUUCUUAUAGGGACAAAAAAGUAGUAUAAAAAUACAGGGUACAGUGGAAUAACACCUGAGUCCUCAGGAAUGGCAACGCAUGGGGGGUAUCAUGGGCGAAACAGUAUACUCUGUUAUGUCCACGGUACUGCUCAUGUCUAUAGGCGACGGUUACCACUUUCCAUAAGGUGGACCGUCAGCUUGUUUGCCAUUCUAAGUUGUAUAAAAAAAAAAAACUUACUAUCUGGAAAAUAUUUUUACUUAUUUCUUUUACUAACUAAGCUGAGUAGAAUAAAUAAAAUAUAAAGAAUGUUGCUUAUAGAGAGCUUGCUUAUAUACAGCCUUCACUGUGGUGGUAGUGGCAACCACACUUAGUUGGUUUUGUUUUUAGAAGGACGUUGCUACCUGUUCCUUGACUGUUAAUUUCACUUAUUCGCCUCUUUUUUUUUUACAGAUUGGUCCUAUAGGAUUUUUAUUAUAUAUUUAAAACUAAACUAUUAAAUCGGUUCCGUUUAAUAGUUUAGUUUUAAACGAAAUAACUAGUUUUACCACAAUUGAAAUUGUACCAAAUUUUUUUGUGGAACACAGUUAUUAAUAGGUAACUAUGUAAUGGCAACACAGCCUCAGAAUUGGCCCCUUUUUUAUUCAUCAUACAUUUAAAACAAAUAGAAAAUUGAUCAUUAGAAAUUGUUGAAGACGAGAAGUUGGCAACAGGAUUGAAUGAAAUUGAAUGUCUCCUAUGUCCCCGAUAGUAACUUUAACAUAUAGUUUGGAUUUCUAAACAUUGUUAGAUGUUUAUUAAAUGUAUGCAAUGUAAUAUAAUGUAUGGAAUUUGACUUAAAUUCUACAGCA